UUUUUACCAAUUUAAGCUUAUAAUUAACCACCCCUUGCAAUAUAACCCCGAAUAUAUAAAAGGGGGAGAUGUAUGCUCGGUAAGAAACACACUCAAAACAUAAAAUUUUAAAAAUGAAUAAGAGAGAAUAUAUGUUUUCAGUUUUAGAUUUUGUUUUAGUACUGUUCUUGAUCGGUACCGUUGAUGCGGGGGUUCCUGCUGGAGGUCGACCGUUCGAUGACAACUAUGUUGUUACGUGGGGAAAUGUCUUGAAACUCGACCAAGGGAGAGAAGUCCAGCUCUCCAUGGACAAAACUUCAGGUGCUGCUUUUGAGUCUAAACACAAGUUCGGAUCAGGAUUCUUUCAAAUGAGAAUCAAGUUGCCUCCAAAAGAUACUGCUGGAGUUGUGACAGCUUUUUAUUUGACUUCGAAGGGAGAUACCCAGGACGAGCUAGACUUCGAGUUCCUUGGGGAUAGAGAAGGAAAACCGAUACAAAUUCAAACAAAUGUUUUUAUCAAUGGUCAAGGAAAUAGAGAACAAAAGUUUGUUCUUUGGUUCGAUCCAUCCACAGAUUUUCACACUUAUGGGAUUCUCUGGAAUCCGUAUCAAAUUGCGUUUUACGUGGACAAUGUUCCAAUACGAAUAUUCAAAAAUAACAAAAGAUAUGGCGUAGGCUAUCCAUCAAAGCCGAUGACAUUGGUGGUUAGUCUGUGGAACGGCGAGGGAUGGGCAACAGACGGUGGUAAGGCCAAAAUUAAUUGGUCAUGUGCUCCUUUUAAAGCCAAUUUUGAAAGGUUUUCUGAUUCUGGUUGUCACGCGGAUGGUCUGAACAUCAACGCGAAAGUAUGUGGUUCAACAACCUACUGGUGGAAUACGAUCCAAUAUAGUAGGUUAAGUGCAAAUGAAACUACGGCAUUCAAGAAUGUGAGAGCGAAGUAUAUGACGUACGAUUAUUGUUCUGAUCAUCCUAGGUAUCCUGUUCCUCCUACGGAAUGUCGAUUGAAUCAAUGAUGGGUAUUUAAAAAGAUUAUUAGAGAAAAGUAUCACAAGUGCUUGCUUUCAAAUAUAUCUUUAGAAUUUAAACGAAUUUUCAAUAAAGAAUGCUAUUUUACUAUUAUAUGAUAAUUAUUUUACAGAGACAACUCACAUAUUCUUGAUCAAAGUGAAGUCCUUAGACGUGUAACGUUUUCUAAUUCUUACCAAAAAACGUAUCAAAAUUCACUUGCAAGGUUUUAUUCUUGCCAA